GAAACACAAAUGAAGAAGAAGAAGCUACUGAGCGCAUGCGCGUUCUUUUUAAUUUUUUUUUUUUUACAGCUAGUGCGACUAUAAACAGGAAAUGUCAUCAUUGUGUGGCACCAACAAUGAUGACCACGUUGAAGGUCGAGGCUCGGCAAAAGAAGAGGACAAGGAGCAUCCCCGUGUACUCAUUCCCGAACUCUGUCGGCUCUUCUACCAGCUGGGAUGGGUGACAGGGACAGGAGGAGGGAUCAGCUUGAGAAGAGGAGAGCACAUCUACAUUGCGCCUUCGGGGGUUCAGAAAGAGAGAAUACAGCCAGAAGACAUGUUUGUCUGUGAUGUGGAGGAGCGAGACAUCAGCUGUCCACCUGUCUGGAAACAACUCAAGAAGAGCCAAUGCACUCCACUCUUUAUGAACGCAUAUACGAUGAGAAGGGCACAGGCAGUUAUCCACACCCACUCCAAAGCUGCUGUCAUGGCAACACUGCUGUACACUGGCAAGGAGUUCAGAAUAACACACCAGGAGAUGAUAAAGGGGAUCCGUAAGGGCACCACAGGCACCAACUAUCGCUAUGAUGACACCCUGGUGGUGCCUAUUAUUGAGAAUACCCCGGAAGAGAAGGACUUGAAAGGACGAAUGGUUCAGGCUAUGGACGAAUACCCUGAUUCAUGCGCCGUCCUCGUUCGGAGACAUGGUGUCUAUGUGUGGGGCGAGUCUUGGGAAAAAGCCAAAACCAUGUGUGAAUGCUACGACUACCUGUUUGAUAUCGCUGUCCAGAUGAAGCAGUGUGGACUGGACCCUUCAGCGCUUCCAGUAGAAGAGAAAGGAAUAGUUUGACAUUUACUGGCACCAUUUUAAAGAGACAUUUGUUCAAAAAAGUUUUCCAUUCCAUCGCCACCAUUGAUGAGGCUACGCUACUGCGAACACGGCGAGAAAUUGGGUACCGUCUUGGUGUGCUUCGUGCAACUAGUGGUGCCCGUAUAGACGUGUAUUUAAUGAGGUUAAAAACAAACAAAAAAACUUUGACAACCACUGAUUACAUUCGAACAAAUCUAGUCAACUGCCUUUGUAAUGUAUUUUUAAAAUGGUUAAAGAGACUUUAUGGACACCCUGUACGUCCAGGUUCAAUAUAAAUAUAAACCUCCCCCAAUACUUGGUUAAAUAUCUCUUAGCAAGUCUGUAGGGCAGUGGUUCUUAACCUGGGUUCGAUCGAACCCUAGGGGUUCGGUGAGUCGACUCGUCGUGUAAAUAAAAACUUCUCCCUAUCGGCGUAUUACGAAUACGGCAACAGCAGAAGUCACACUGAUUUGCAGGUGUGUAAUUUGUUGUGAGUUUAUGCACUGUGUUGGUUUUGUUCUUUGAACAAGGUGAUGUUCAUGCACGGUUCAUUUUGUGCACCAGUAAAAAAAACAUGGUAACAUUUUAGUAUGGGGAACAUAUUCACCAUUAAUUAGUUGCUUAUUAACAUGCAAAUUAGUAACAUAUUGGCUCUUAACUAGUCAGUAUUAAGUACUUAUUAAUGCCAUGGCAUUAUUAUAACCCUAACCCUCUAACCCUGACGCUAACCCUAACCAAAUAACUGUAAAUUAAGUCUUUGUUACUUAGAAUAUGUUCCCCUAGUGUCCAAAUAACUCUAAAUUAAGUCUCUGUUACUUAAAAUAUGUUCCCCAUACUAAAGCGUUACCAAAAACAUAUAACUUUGUCUUGAAUUUGAAAAAAAACCUAAACAUUUCAUUUUUCACUAAAGAAGGGUUCGGUGAAUGCGCAUAUGAAACUGAUGGGGUUCGGUACCUCAAACAAGGUUAAGAACCACUGCUGUAGGGGCUUUGUGAAGGCCAAUCCAGAAACGUAAUUUGUCCAAUUGGAACACAUGUCCUUCUUUGUGAUCCCACCCGUUGUAGACAAUGUCUCAGUACCACUGGCAGCAACAAAGGCACCACCUUGCUUAACAGUUGCUACAGUGUUCAGUCGAGCUUGACUAUGUCCUUUUUUGUCUUUUUUUUACUUGUCUGGCACCUUCUCAGUUGGUGGCGAUGUGAGCUAUCAGCGGCUGUGGACAAUCACACUGAUCUUGCAGCAGUUUCCCACUUCACAGUAUAGUCUAGGAGGCCAUUUUCUUUCUAUCUGGAGGCGAUUGUAUGGUUCUUCUUCCAGACCAUUACACUGUACAUUUUUAAAUAAACACCGGUGUUAUUAAAAUGUUUAAU